AUGCUGUCUAAUAUCCACCCUGACAGAGCUGGCAGUAGCGCGCUGACCCCUGCCCGUGAGGUCACAUCCUGUUUGUUUCUGACCCAUUUCCUGCCGGCUGGUGCUGCGCUGUUUGUGCUGGCGACACAUCGCUCUGUGGUCACUGGGAGGGUGUGUGUGUGUGUGUGUGUGUGCAUGAGAGAGAGAGAGAGAGAGAGAGAGAGAGAGAGAGAGAGAGAGAGAGAGAGAGAGAGAGAGAGAGAGAGAGAGAGAGAGAGAGAGAGAGAGAGAGAGAGAGAGAGAGAGCGAGAGAGCGAGAGAGAGAGAGAGAGCGAGAUACAGACUCAGUUAGAAGGAUAUUUUAGGCACAGUCAGCCCAGAAAGUUAUUUUUAGGAUUGAGUUACUGAGUGUGUGCUGUGCUGGAUGGCAGUGUGUGUGUAUGCGUACCUAUGUGCUUGCUUGUGUAUGAAUGUGUUGGCAUCGGAGCAGACUGGCAGGCUAGGGAGGCUGUGGUAAGGCAGUGUGUGUGGAUGGGGGAAGGGGGUUGUGUGCUGUGUAAAAGAGCUGUCAGAGUGAUGCUCCCCAUGAAAUGUAUAUAGAUCAACAACGCUCCUUACAGUCAUACCCCUACAUCCUCCUCCUCUGCCUCCUCUCUUUAUCUCCUGAAUCUGCUUCCCAACUCUCUUUACCUCCCCUCUAUCCCCGCUCUCUACCUUUCCUUUCUCUACCCUUCCUCUACUCCUCACCCCAUAUUACCCCUUCUCUACCUCGCUUCUCUCUCUACCUCUUCUGAAUCCUCUCUUUAACCUUUCCUCUACCUGUCCUCUCUCUAUCUCUUCCCUUUGCACCUCUUCUCUCUCUACUCUUCUGUCUACCUCCUCUCUUUACCUCUCCUCUCAACCCCUCCUUGCUCUUUCUCUCUUUCUCUCUACCUACUCACCCCUCCACAUUUAUAUUAACAAAUCCCACUGUGUGUGUAUGCGUGCGUGUGUAUGCGUGUGUGUGUGUGUGUAUAUGUUUGGGAUCAGUUGUUCCUUUCAGGAUAUUGUAUUAUUCCAGGGUGAGCACUCUCUUAAAUUUGGCGAUGAAAUCCAGGUAAACCAUCGGAAUGCCAUCGGAAUUCCAUUGGACUUCCAUUGGACUUCCAUGGGAAUGCAGCGUGAUAAAUCUCACUGGCACAGCCUUGCCAGAGGGCAUACACACCAAGGUCUACAGGUUCACUACAAAACACGCACGCACGUACGCACACACACACACACACACACACACACACCUACCCACUCACUCACACACACACACACACUCACACACACACACACACACAUCUAUUCAGGUUCACAGACCCCGCCUCACCCUCAGUGUUAUCAUCAAGUUUCCCAGGACACUCAUGAAGAGAAAUGUGUUCUGAGAAGAUUCUCCCCUCAGACUCGGAGUGUGUUUGUGUUAUUCUGUAUUUUACAGUAAUAGAUGUUCUUGUUUCCAUGGUGAUGAAUCUAUGCUGGGACACCCCUCAGCUGGAGGGAGGUUCACUCCUCACUCAGGCUAGAUUUAUGUAGAGCUAGAAACUCUGUGUGUGUGUGUGUGUGUGUGUGUGUGUGUGUGUGUGUGUGUGUGUGUGUGUGUGUGUGUGUGUGUGUGUGUGUGUGUGUGUGUGUGUACGAGACAGGUGAAUCUGGGUGGUCCGUGAGGGUGUAUUUGUGAGUAUGCCUGUCUCCGUGGUGACAGUAGACUCAUGAACGCUCUGCCAUCAGAUAUCCAUGGAUAACAAAGGCUCCCAGCCUGAGACACACUCUCAGCCAAUCCUCUCUGAUUAAACACAUCUUCACACACAUGCGCGCGCACACAUGCAUGCACACACACACACACACACACACACACACACACACUUGAAUAUGAUACAUCAAGUCUCUCCGAUUAAACACAUCUUCACACACACACACAAACACACAAACACACGCACACUCAUCUCCUCCUCCCCCAAAUUAAGCCCUUAAAUUAUGUCACCUGGGUAAUCCAAGCUGAGCUCAGUAAGGCAUUAAACUGUCACAGCUUCAGGAAGGAAGAGCUCUCUGCUUGUUCUCAGAAAUCCUCCCAUCCACAUUCCUCACCUCUCUGAUCACAAACUCAUAAAAAAUAUAUAGAUGACAUCGAACUUUCCCAUGUGUUUGGGAAGAAGAAUAGAAAAGAGAAAAAUGUUUAUUGUACACACAUAGACCUGCAGCUUUAUCCUCGUAAUACUCACAGAUAUCCACACCACAGAUGGACAGAGCUUUGGAUGAGGUUGUCUGUUAACUGUAAAAUAUUGCAUAGCAUGAUACCAACUGCAUGCCACAGGGCUCCAAAAAGGACAGUGAUUAAUUAUUAUACACUGAGUGUACAAAAAUUAGGUACACCUUCCUAAUAUUGAUUUGUACCCCCUUUUGCCCUCAGAACAGCCUCAAUUCAUCAGGGCAUGGACUCUACACGGUGUUGAAAACGUUCCACAGGGAUGCUGGCCCAUGUUGACUCCAAUGCUUCCCACAAUUGUGUCAAGUUGGCUGGAUGUCCUUUGGGUGGUGGACCAUUCUUGAUACACACGGGAAAACGUUGAGCGUGAAAAACCCAGCAGCGUUGCAGUUCUUGACACACUCAAACCGGUGCGCCUGGCAUCUACUACCAUACCCUGUUCAAAGGCACUUACAUCUUUGUCUUGCCCAUUCACCCUCUGAAUGGCACACAUAAACAAUACAUGUCUCAAUUGUCUCAAGGCUUAAACAUCCUUAUUUAACUUAUCUCCUCCCCUUCAUCUACAUUGAUUUAAGUGUUUUGUACACUCAGUGUAUAAAAUAAAACAUCGACAUAGAAUAGUUCAAUGUAUUAUCAUUUAAGCAGAACGUGACAGUAUCUAUUAUCUUUACAUCAUGUGACAUCCACUUUCACCCAAACAAACGUGAGGAUUCUCUCUGUUCUGUUCAAUACUGCAGGUUGUCGUGUAAAAAUCCUCAGUAUUCUCAUGCUGUGAGGAUUUUUAUGACACAGGUUGUUUUAUCAGUGGGGCAAGAGCGACAUCUUGUGGUCGAUUGUUGGCCCUCUGCAUAUAUACUUUGUCCUCCGGUGUAAACCGCAAAAGCUCAUUAGAUUUAUGUGAUUAAAAACUGGACACUUUAAGUGGUUAUUCUAAUGUGAAUUAAUAAAACUAAAGACAGACUUUAUUUGGCCGUUAGUUGUUAUUUCCAUUCAAGUUAUAUCAGGUAGGAACCUACGUUGGUAGGUCUUUGAGGGGUUAUUUUCUGGUUGCACCCAGUUUCCUUUCUAACAGCCGUUUGAACACGCUGACUAUGUUUUGUCUGUGUUGAAAAUCUGAAAUCAUAUCUGUCUUUGAUCGUAUUGUAGAUAGGUGAGUGUUUUUAAUACCAGAUACCUAUCAAAGAAGCGUAGCUAAUUUGAUUGUCUGUGUUUAAUCUAGCUAGCACGUUCUUGUGUUCUCUGGCUAACGUUAGCUGCUAGAAGUGGAACGUUAGCUAAAAUAGCAAUCUUACCGUGUAUGUUUGUGGACACAGUAGUAUAAAUUGUUGACAGCACAGGCCGUUAGUUAUUUGUUGCAAAAUUCGAUGUUCACAUGAUUCAUUUGAAAUGGUGUCAAUCUUACUUCAGGUGUGUAUUCAUUAGUCGGAUUCCGUUGUAAAACGUUUUGUCUGUUUGCAACGGAAACCGUUUACUCCAAACAUAAAUCGUGUUGCAACGAAAACGAGAGUUUCUAUUUAUUGGACAAAUUCAGGUAGGUCCCUCCCCGUUUUGUUCUGUUUUCUUUCGUUUGAUUCCUGUAGUAAAUGGUAAACGGUUUCCGUUGCAAUACGUUUUGCAAAUGAAUCCAACUAAUGAAUAAACCCCAGGUCUGGUUGAUCGAGACGUUGUGUUGUCUGGUGGCAGUAACCAUGGAAUCCGCCUGUCGCAAAGACAAGCCAAAACUGAAUUCCACUCCUACCAGAGGCGACAGGGUUAAGCAGAAAUCCGCCCAGCAGGAACUGAAACAGCGACAGCGCACAGAGGUAAAGUGGCACAUAACAUUGCCUUGCCUGGGUACCACUCUGUUUCAAACUAGCUAAACGACAAGCGUUGGCUAAAGUGGAAACCGACUGGCCAGUCCAUCAAACAUGUCAUUCAACUUCUUUGCAGAAGCUUGAGCAGUUUGAAAUAAUUCAAUCACCCAUAGAAUUACAGCCAACAUGGUGGCUGACUGGCUGUGAGUGGUUGAAUUAGUUCAAACUGCUCAAGCGUCAGCAGAUAAGUCGAAUGACAUGUUUCAGUGAAUAAGGAUAACCUCUGAUAAUUAGCCUGUUAGCCUACACACGACUUUUACCCCUGCAUUUAUGAUGCCACUGCUUUAGUUGGCUGAUCCUCAUGGUUGGGUGUGUAUGUGUUUCAGAUCUACGCCCUGAAUAAGGUGAUGACCGAGCUGGAGCAGCAACAGUUUGAAGCCUUCUGUAAGCAGAUGCAGUCCCAGGGAGAGUGA